AUGGAAGAGUUGAGCCCGAAGAUUCCGGCAGCGAUAUUGUCUGUUAUCGCAACGUUCGGAAUGUUCGGAAAUUUCAAUAUUAUUGUGGCAACUGUAAGGACAAGGUAAGAAAUAUAUAAAUCUGACGUCAGUCUGUCGGGAAAAUAGUGUGGAUUUGUCGCGACUUUAAACAUUUAAAAAUCGUUCUUCAUCGCUUUGCGACGGCUAGCGAGAUUUGAUGUGCGACUGCGACAUUAUGCAGCCACAAAUCCACAUUAUUUUCCCGACAGACAGAUGGCCGCGUUACGACCUGUUUUAGUUCUCUUCGGACAACCUGCAACUACCUCAUUGCAUUCACGGCGCUGUUUGACUUCAUUCAUCAGCUCAGCCAAUACGUUGUGACUUAUUUUGCUUUCGUUGGAGACUACCCAACCAUUGAGAAAUGUUUUUGUUUCCAAUUUCUGCCAAUGAUCGGCUGCAACGCCGCUGAAGUCGCGAUGCUUUUUACCAGCUUGGACAGGUUGUAUUGCGUUGCAAGGCCUGUGGCGUAAGUCGGGGAUAUCGACAAAUAUUUUUUUGAAACUUUACCAAUAAUGUGGCCAUGUCAGCUCUUGUAUCAAGAGCUAUAAUAAUAGUAUAACAGAAACCUUUAAUUCGGCGGUAGAAUUAAGAUUGCGUAUUUUAAUUUUUUUCUUUUUCCGUUAAGCAAUGCCAAAUUUUUUCAAUAUCUAUCCCUAGCGUUUGAAUUUAUUUCAAGAAACUUUACAAUUGAAAACAUUCCAGCCACCUGUUAAGACAAUUGUGCCACAUUUCAGAAACCACAGCUAUUUUUUAGAAUUCGUUAACCUUUUUCUCACACUCCAAGAGCAUUUUUAGGUAUCAGCACGUCUCAUGCGCUCUUGAGAUUCCGAUUUGCGUCGCUGUUUCACUAUUUUUUGGUCUAUGGAUAAAUUACGAGUCCUACAUGAGUUUCCAGUCGAUCAGAUUUCAAACAACCGUAUGCACGCUCGGCUCCUGCUACAAUGAAGCGCUGGAAGCCGUCACUAUUUCCAACGGGCUGAUCCAUUUGGCAACCAUAUUCAUUUAUGGCAUCAUUUUUAUAGUCAUCAAAAAGAUUACGAAACAGAAAGCCUCGGGGAUGUUGCGAUCAAUUGCGGCUGUUACGUUUUGUGUUGUUGGAGGCUGGCUGUUGACCAUGGUGCUGUUUGAGGUGUUUCUGAGUUCGGGAAUUCCCGUGUCCGAUGCGCUUAUACUGUAUCUGGGCAUACCGCUGAAUAUUUCCAUAUCGUUGAACUAUCCGAUAUACUUUUUAAUGAGGUAAACAAUAUAAUGGGGAAAGAUUUACGAUGACUUCGGAAUUUCAGCAGUCGAUAUCGUGUAGUUUUCAAGGAACAGCUGAAUUUGCUCCGAUGCCGCAACUUCUUUGGAACCACCGUCCAAGAAGUUUCGAAUACAAGCAGCGGCGGUGUCGCCUUGAAGUCAUGA